GAUCUCGUCCAGAUCAAGACGUGCUGCAGGGGCUUGGCUGCCAUCCUCGACCCGCUGCCAGGUGCCUGCGGAUCUGAGCCGGCGGACGUCGAGUACGUCUGGGCUGAGGAGGAGGAGGGGAGCCACCACGACGACCCUUCCAAGCACCAGAAGCGCAUGACACUGCUCCGCAAAGCGAUCACCGGGGACUCGACCGUCAAGACUCUCUAUGCUCAGUGGGAAGCCUCCCUCUUGUUACCCGACCAGACCGGCGAGGUGGCCAUCCUCAGGACAGCCGUGGACGCUCUCAAGGGUGACACCGCCGACGUGAGCAAGUUCCGAGAUGUCUUCAAGUUGAUGCCUAAGUUGCAGAUGAACCUCCGCGAUGGGGCCCUGCAGGACAUCGAGACUGAGGUCAUGUCCUGCGUGGCGGAGCGCGUCAAGAAUAUCCAGGGCAUUGACCAGAUGGAUGGUGACCGCCAGGCGCGCUGCUUAGCAGAAUUCUACCCCGACGCUAACGCGUGCAUGAUUGGGUGCAAGCCUGGUGCCUUCAAGACUUCUCUGAAGAAGGAGUUGGGCGUGCUCGCGCCAUUGCAGGCGGCCUCGCAGUCCCUUCAAAUGGUCGUUGCUCUCGACAACGCGUGCAAGAGGAUUGAACGCGGCCCUGGGGGUGGAGUCGCCCUGGCGGAUUCGGUCGAUGAGCAGGGCAGCAUCAACGAUGACUGGGCCAACCUCUUGGAGGCCAGGAAGGCUUGCCACGGCCAGAAGAUCCCACCGCUUGCUGGCGACGACGACCAGAGGAACAUUUCGAUCAUAGCCUUCUACCGCCGUAUUUGGGAUAUCAUCCAGAGCCAACCAUUCAGCGAGUGGCGCGGCCUCGACGCUUAUGGGAUCACUCUCGUCACGGACAUCGGCGACAUGCUUCCUCAAGAAGAGCGUGCCAAUGGCUUCGACAUGGCUUUCCAGAUGGCCAUCCGCAUCGUCGAGAUCCACUCCACCAUGGUAUUCCUGGAGGUGUGCGAGCCAGAUGCCAAGAGCCAGGAGGUCGACAAGCUCGCGCGCAUCCUGCCCGUCAAGGCCCCCGCCGAGGACGACGCAGAAACGAUCCGCAUGCUGAGGAGUCUGACUGAUGGCCUACGUCAGGUGAGACUGGAUGCCAACGACCUCCGCGUUCGCCUCAUCUGCGAAUUCUUAGCCACGGCUGUAACUAACAUCGAGUCGAACCAGGUGGGGUCCAAGUAUCUCUUAAAGAUUGACGGCCAGAAGCUGGUCGACGACUGGAAGAAGGGGCUGGAAGUCGUCAAGGCGGCCCAGAAGCUGGUGCAGAAGUACAAAGACGUUGAUGGCGUGAAGGAGUCUAGGGCGUUGAAGGGCACCGACGAGGCGAUCGAGCAGUGUUUCGUUGUGGUGAGGGUCGCCAGGGUCACGAUCACGGAGGCGCAGCUGCUUAAGUGCGAGGGUGAUCUUUCGAAGGAGGAUACCAAGAAAUGGGUGAAGCUCCUGGCGUCUUGCGGCGCAGAUCCCUCAUCCAUGCGCCCAGCGUUGUACGCGAUGCUGCAGAAGGUGCUCCAGGCCGCCGCCUGA